AAAAAUUAACUUGAAACCUAAAGAAGAAAGCACAAAACAACUAAAAAUCGGCUUUUCCAGUAAAAAUUCCAACGAUAAACACAAAAAUUUCAGCACAGCCAAGCAAGGCAGCUAAACAUUUCCAUUAUACAUUUUGUUUUCAUUCAUUCAUUUUUUUUUUAGUUAAUCAUAACUUAUUAGUUAAAAUUAUUUACAACCAUGAACUCAUUUAUACCAGUAUUCAUAGCCAUAUUUUGUAUAUCGGAAACUAUAAGAACGGCCGCAAAUAGUAGUAAAGCUUUGAAAGUGCUUUAUGCAAUAAAUGCGGGAGGCGAUGACCAUGUCGAUAUUGAUGGUAUACACUAUGAACCUGAUCCUUCAAAGAUUGGCACGGCCUCAGAUUAUGGCAAACAUUUGCUAAUUAUAAAUCGAGUACCAGAGCAAGACGAGAUCCUCUAUAAAACAGAGCGUUAUCAUACCAGCACUUUCGGUUAUGAUAUUCCUCUGGAUGGCGAUGGCGAGUAUGCUUUGGUAUUAAAAUUUUGCGAAGUUUAUUUUACUCAACCAAAUAAAAAAAUAUUUGAUGUGGUCUUAAAUCGUCGUCAUGUUAUAGUGUCUGAAUUGGACAUAUUCGCUGAAGUGGGUCACGGCACUGCCCAUCAUGAAUACGUCUUUUUUACAGUUACCUUGGGUAAAUUAAAGUACAAGGAGGAAGUGUCUAAUGUACGCAAUAACUUGGUACGUUUGGAUUUCAUGAAGGGUCCGUACGACAAUCCGAAAAUCAACGCUUUCAUAUUAUUGAAAGGGGACGUUCAACGUAUACCACGGCUAAAGCCUUUACAUAAAGACACUUUCUAUCCAGAUAUAGAUGAUAGUGCUUCCAUUAGAGGUGCGAAUAAAAAGAAGGCCCUUAACGGCCAACAUAGAAAAUUAGUUUCCAAUGAAGAAGAUACCGAAACGGAUGAGUAUCCAAAGAAAUUACCGGCAGCGGAAAAUGAAGAAGAUAUUAACGAUGAAUUCCAUGAAUUACUUUCGAAAACAGAAAGUCCUCGUAAGCCAAGCGGUCCGCGACAACCGGACCCAUAUUCGAUGGACGAUUCUACUUUGCUUUUACCAGUAUUUAUAGCUAUUGGAGCAUUUAUUCCGUUAUUGUUUUGUUUGUGUAAACUUUAAUUUAACGAAACGUUGAAUUCCUAGUAACAAAUUGCUGCGCUCUCUACAUUUGUUCUGUACUAUCUCUUAUUUAUUUUCAUAUAUAUAUUUAUUUUUUCUUUUUUUUU